AGUAGUUGCUCGACAAUUUGAUCAGUGAAAAUGUCGAUGCCCGUAAUAUCGGCUUUAGACUUUACUGGUGAAUCAAUGGUUGAUGAAACCAUAACGAACGAUUCACCAAUGAAAAGAUUCUAUCGCAAUAAAACUGUAUUUAUAACUGGCGGCUUGGGUUUCUUGGGGCAACUGUUUAUCGAAAAGCUGUUAAGGUGUCGAGUGAAAGAAGUCUAUGUUUUAGUCAGACCAAAGAAGAAUAAAUCGUCAAUCGAACGGAUGCGUGAGACUUUCGUUGGAGAUGUAUUCGUAAAGUUGAAAUCUAUUGAUCCAAAUUACUUCGAGAGAAUUAAGUUGAUCGAGGGUGACACGUACAAAGCAGACAUAGGAAUUUCUCAACAAGAUCGAAAGGAACUAAUUGAAAAUGUGGAAAUCGUGCUACAUGCUGCAGCGGAUGUCAGAUUUGACCGAUCGCUACAAGAACUCUGCUUUACAAAUGUACGUGGUACGAAAGCCGUGACAAUGUUGGCAGAAGAAAUGAAGAAUUUGAUUGUGUUUGCUUAUGUGUCAACCGCUUAUUCUCAAUUUUAUCGGGAUAAAAUUGAUGAAAAAUUCUACCCGCCGCCAUGCGAUCCAGAUGAAGUAAUUCGCAUAUCCGAAUAUUUCGACAAACACAAAACAAACGAAUUCGAACUUUUGACCGACAAAAUGAUUCAUCCUUGGGAGAAUACGUAUGUUUUCACUAAAUCACUGUCAGAAGAGGUGGUUCGAAGAGCAUCACAUAAAAUUCCUACCGUCGUAACACGACCAUCUAUCGUCAUGUCAACAUACGAAGAACCAAUACCCGGUUGGGCGAAUAAUGUAUAUGGAAUAAAUGGAAUUACUAUUGGUUCCGGAUACGGUUUCAUUAAGGUCGUGCCAAGUGGACCAAAUUCUAGAACAAAUGUUAUCUGUGCGGAUAUUGUUGUUAAUGGAACUCUAGCUGCAAUUUGGAGCAAAGCAAACGAAAAGAGAUCGCCGAGUCUCCAAAACAGUGACGAAUCUUCAACGAUCUAUCACAUAACUGCUCAAAACGCUUUGACCAAUGCUUACUUUGCAGGAGAAGUCAAAAAAUUGUUUUAUGAAAAUCCUUCAAUUCAAUGUCUUUGGCUUCCAUCUUUAACGUUUGCCGAUUCGCAGCUCUCCUUUCUCAUCAUGGUAAUUUUAUAUCAUGCCAUUCCAGGAAUUGCAUUUGACAUUUUCUUCAAGUUGAUCAAUAAUCCACAGCGAUUGUUGCCAAUGUACAGAAAAUCACAAGAUUUUCUGAAUCGAACUGCCUACUUCUCUAAUCAUACUUGGAACUUUGGUUACAAAAACAUAAAAGCGGUAAUUGACAGUAUGUGCGAAGAAGACCAACGAUUUUUUAAUUGCAAUGUCUUCAAGUUUGAUUGGAUUGAAUAUUCUUACACGUACAUUUUGGGAAUGAAGACAUACGUAGCAAAGGAUCCACCAAACACAGAGACAGCGGCCAAGCGAAGAUUUUUAUUUCUACGCAUUAUUUAUUACCCAGUAUUGGCCUUUUAUUAUAGCUGCUUGGGAUGCAUAAUUUAUUUGGUCAUGCAUUUGACUGGUGUUACGUCGCUUUUGAAAAUAUUGUGCCACAAAUUCGUUCUAACGAUUAGCUUCUUCGUGACUUUCCUUUCGAAAUUAUUAUAAAUUGAAUAAACUGAUGAAUGAAUUA